UCAUGUCUGGGCUGGGUGAAAAUAACGCGUGCGUGAUUUGAAAAAACAAAACGACGUCGCAUGAGUUAGAGAGAGAGAUGUUCAGAUCCAAAUCGGAUCACCUCGCUGCCAACAACAACACGCGCACUGGAAUGUAGAAUCCUCUGCAUCCCCUUAUCGUCGUUGCAUUACUCUCCUUCUUCCCUGCCGAUCUCCGCUAGAGACAUUCGUUUCGACUUGCAAACAUGCCUCUGAGACUCGAGAUCAAGCGUAAGUUUCUUCAAAGAUCAGAAAGAGUCAAAUCUGUAGACCUCCAUCCUACCGAACCAUGGAUCCUGGCGAGUUUGUAUUCUGGAACAGUCUGCAUCUGGAAUUAUCAGACACAGACUAUGGUCAAGUCUUUCGAGGUGACUGAAUUGCCUGUUCGGUCUGCUAAGUUUGUUUCGCGCAAGCAGUGGGUUGUAGCUGGAGCUGAUGACAUGUUCAUUCGUGUCUACAACUACAACACGAUGGAUAAGAUCAAAGUCUUUGAGGCUCAUGCUGAUUACAUUAGGUGUGUUGCUGUUCAUCCCACCCUUCCCUAUGUCUUAUCGUCAUCAGAUGAUAUGCUCAUCAAGCUCUGGGACUGGGAGAAGGAUUGGGUUUGCACUCAGAUUUUCGAAGGACAUUCCCAUUAUGUUAUGCAAGUGACUUUCAAUCCCAAAGACACCAAUACUUUUGCUAGUGCAUCGCUUGACCGUUCCAUUAAUAUAUGGAAUCUUGGUUCUCCGGAUCCAAAUUUUACUUUGGAUGCACAUUUGAAAGGGGUCAAUUGUGUUGACUACUUUACUGGUGGGGACAAACCAUACCUUAUCACUGGGUCUGAUGACCAUACUGCUAAGGUGUGGGACUACCAAACAAAAACUUGCGUUCAAACACUUGACGGUCAUACACACAAUGUUUCUGCAGUGUGUUUCCAUCCAGAGCUCCCAAUAAUUAUUACGGGAUCCGAGGAUGGAACUGUUCGCAUAUGGCAUGCCACCACGUACAGGCUGGAGAAUACAUUGAACUAUGGCCUUGAGAGGGUUUGGGCUAUUGGACACAUGAAAGGUUCCCACCGGGUUGUAAUUGGUUAUGACGAAGGGUCCACAAUGGUGAAACUUGGCCGUGAAAUACCAGUGGCUAGUAUGGACAACAGUGGGAAAAUUAUUUGGGCUAAACACAAUGAGAUACAUACUGUGAACAUCAAGAGCGUUGGCACAGAUGAGGUUACUGAUGGUGAGAGACUGCCUUUGGCUGUUAAAGAGCUAGGAACUUGCGAUCUUUAUCCUCAAAGCCUGAAGCACAACCCUAAUGGUAGGUUUGUCGUUGUUUGUGGAGAUGGUGAGUACAUCAUUUACACUGCCUUGGCAUGGAGAAAUAGGUCGUUUGGCUCGGCCCUGGAAUUUGUUUGGUCAUCUGAGGGGGAACAUGCUGUCAGGGAAAGCUCGUCAAAGAUCAAGAUCUUCAGCAAGAACUUCCAGGAAAAGAAGACUGUAAGGCCUACGUUCUCAGCAGAGCGCAUUUUUGGCGGGACGUUAUUGGCUAUAUGCUCAAGUGAUUUUAUCUGCUUCUAUGAUUGGGCGGAAUGUAGAUUGAUUAGGCGAAUAGAUGUUACCGUGAAAAAUCUUUAUUGGGCUGACAGUGGCGAUCUAGUUGCAAUUACCAGUGAUUCAUCAUUCUACAUCCUUAAGCUCAAUCGCGACAUUGUUUCCUCUUAUAUGGAUGGCGGUAAAGAAAUUGAUGAGGAAGGCAUUGAGGAUGCAUUUGAGCUUCUUAAUGAAACCAAUGAACGUGUUCGGACUGGCUUAUGGGUUGGGGAUUGUUUUAUCUAUACCAACUCUUCUUGGAGGCUUAACUACUGUGUUGGUGGUGAGGUAACGACAAUGUAUCAUCUGGACCGACCUAUGUACUUGUUGGGUUAUCUCGCUAAUCAAAGUCGAGUUUAUCUAAUUGACAAAGAGUUCAACAUUAUUGGUUACACUUUACUUUUAACUUUGAUUGAGUACAAGACUCUUGUCAUGCGUGGAGAUUUGGAACAGGCUAAUCAAGUCUUACCUUCAAUUCCUAAGGAGCAUCAUAAUAGUGUGGCGCACUUUUUGGAAUCACGUGGAAUGACAGAAGAUGCUCUGGAAGUAGCUACUGACCCUGAUUACAGAUUUGAGUUGGCCAUACAGCUCGGUAGAUUGGAGGUCGCAAAGGACAUCGCUGUCGAAGCACAAAGUGAGUCAAAAUGGAAGCAACUUGGAGAAUUAGCGAUGUCCACUGGGAAGCUGGGUAUGGCUGAGGAAUGCAUGAGGCAUGCUGUGGAUCUGAGUGGUCUGUUACUACUUUAUUCUUCCUUGGGAGAUGCAGAAGGAUUGACGAAGCUGGCAGCAAUAGCCAAAGAGCAAGGAAAGAAUAAUGUCGCCUUUGUUUGCUUGUUCAUGUUGGGUCAAGUAGAAGACUGCCUGCAUCUUUUGGUGGAAAGUAAUCGGAUACCUGAAGCUGCUCUGAUAGCACGAUCGUACCUUCCGAGCAGGGUCUCCGAAAUAGUGGCACUGUGGAGAAAGGAUUUGACCAAGAUAAGCCCAAAGGCUGCUGAAUCUCUGGCUGAUCCUGAAGAGUAUCCCAAUCUGUUUGAAGACUGGCAAGUUGCCUUAUCCCUUGAAGAAAGGGCUGCAGAGACAAGGGGCGUCCAUCCUCCUGCUGGGGAUUAUGGCAGUCAUACACACAGAGACUACACAACUUUGGUGGAAGCUUUUAGAAUCAUGCAAAUUGAAGAAGAAGAGAGGCUUGAGCACGGGGAUGUUCUCGAGGAGGUUGGGGGAGAUGGAGAAGAGGAGAACCAGGAAGCUGAGGAAGAGAGUGGUGAUGGGAAGGAAGAGAAUGCGGAAGAAGAGGGUGUUGUGGUGGACGCUGACUCUACAGAUAGCGCUGUGCUAGUUAAUGGGAACGAGUCUGAAGAACAGUGGGUUUUAACACCACCGCAGGAGUAGGGUUCGUGAAGACGUAUAUUCUUGGCAGUGAAGAGGGAAAUGAGGAGCAGCAGAGAGAGAGGAGAGAAGAUAAGGGAGAGUUUCAUUGUCAUUGUCAGAAACUGAUCUCCGCUAUAAUUUAAAUAGAAAAAAAAAACAUUGGUAAUAUGGGUUUUAAGGCCAAAAACAAAAACAUCACCCUCUUAAUUUCCAAACAUUUGGUAAUAUGAGUAGAUAUCUCUCUUAAUCUCCAUAACCUCGUGUAUAAUAUUUUUUUCCAAACUGAAACAGUC